GCAAAGGCGUACUGAAUUGGCAUCAAUAAUGCUUAAGCGGUCGAUACAGGAAGGAGCACCCCCUUGUGGAGAGAAUCCCCCGGCAGGCUUGUGUAUAUUAGAAAUUUUCCUGACAAAUGCUUCCCCGCACAUUCUUCUAAGUGGGUUUGAAGGCAUGAUGUAUGGUGGAAACGCGACGGAGCUGCAACGCGUCGCCGAUUUUCUCACCUCGCCGGACGAGAUCAGAUCUAUCUGUGAAAUCGGCUGCUUAUUCGUGAGAAUCGAAGGAUUUAGGUGGGGAUAAUGAUGUCUUGAAUUAGGUGUUGAUUAAUAGAUACGUUGGUUCAUAGAUAUUCGGAAUCGUGUUAUUUGUGAGGGGUGGAUUCUGCGUGGAAUUUGUUGGAUUUGAUAUUCAUGAACGAUGUUUUGAUUUACGCGUCGAUCGGUAUUGGAAUCGUUUUCGCGAGUUGUUUGCCUUCUUUUUCCGAUUUUUUGGGGACGGCCGAUGGGUAGUGAGAGGUUUUCGUUGAUUAAUGGUGUCGGAGGAGGGGACGUAAUGCACGCCGGAAUAGUUGGAUCGUUGCCGAUGUCAUCUCCGCCUUCCGACGCUCUCGGCGUUUGUGUUAACGGUGGGGGAAAUUAUAUCAUACAUACCGUCUCGAAAUUCGAUACGCUCGCCGGCGUCGCCAUAAAAUACGGCGUGGAGGUGGCCGACAUAAAGAGGUUAAACGGGCUGGUGACUGAUCUUCAAAUGUUUGCUCUUAAAACACUCCAAAUACCACUGCCAGGGAGACAUCCUCCUUCCCCCUGCUUGUCCAAUGGGAGCGACCUUCCUCCAAGGCAGAGCAGCUCUCAGCGGUACGCAAGCUCAAGACACAAGGAUAUAUUCGAUUCAUUUCCAUCGCUGAAAUUGAAGUCUUCUUCAGCACGAAAGGUGUCCUCGGCCAUGAUCAAACUGGAAGAUUAUUAUGGCCUUCAAUCAGCUACCCUAAAAGACACACCACAAGGUUUUGAAAUGGCUAUGUAUCGAAGGGGGGGUCCCCAUUAUCCUGAAGACGUACACCACCCCGAAUCUUCCCCGACACCACUAAGCCAACAGAGGAGAUCAAAAAGCACAGCCAAUUUCUUGGUAUCCAAAAAGGGCCAAGAAACCCCAAACAGCGAAUCAGAUAAAUCGAAUGAGAAGUUGGUGAGGCGACGUCAAAAGUCUGUGGGUGAUUUUACACUGCCAACCCCAGAAAAGAUACAGGAGGGGUUAACUAAUAACACUAAUUCCAGUUCAAUUACAGUUAAGGGCUUGCCUCUCAAGGCGAAAUCCACCAACCGAGCAGCGGCCGGAGAUGGCGAAGCUGGAGGAGGAUUAGGCCCACUUUCUAUAGGUUUGAUGGAUUCCAUUUUAACUAACGUUGUCAGCAUUGUAAGGAAGUCAUCGAGCGCAACGAGUCUGCAGCAGGAUUCAGAAAAUGGGAACGGGACGAUGUCUUCUAUCUGGCCGGAUUUUGAGGCGCUGUCGACAGUGGCCAUAGCUAGGCCGAUCUUCGAUGGCUUAGCGAAGCCAGCAAGCCGAAGAAACAAAGCUGCCCUAGACUGAAUCGAUGUGUCGACUGCCUAUCUGUUUCGAUGGUCUAUCUCCCUGCCCUCCCCUUCCUUUUUGAAACCUUACACGAGUAUAGUACAAUAAUAUCCAUUCAUUCAUUCGUUUAGAAA